AUGGCGGACAUCAGUCACCCACCCAUGGAACAACUGCAAGACCUCGAAUACUGCAUAGAUUCUAACCCUCCAUGGCCGGAAACUAUUUUGUUAGCAUUUCAAAACUACAUUUUGAUGCUUGGGACGAGUGUAAUGAUCCCCUCGAUGCUUGUCCAAUUGAUGGGUGGAUCGGAUGGUGACAAGGCUCGUGUUAUACAAACGUUACUAUUUGUAUCCGGUAUCAACACACUUCUUCAAACACUCUUUGGGACCAGAUUGCCUGCUGUUGUUGGAGGCUCAUUUGCUUAUGUUAUGCCUAUACUUUACAUUAUAAAUGAUUCAUCUCUGCAGCAGAUCCCCGAUCACCAUGACAGAUUUAUACAAACAAUGCGAGCGAUUCAAGGAGCGUUAAUCGUUGCUUCCAGCAUUCAAAUCGUAGCUGGUUACAGCCAGCUUUGGGGUCUCUUUUCACGAUUUUUCAGUCCCCUUGGCAUGGCACCUGUCGUUGGAUUGGUUGGUUUUGGACUAUUUCAACGCGGGUUUCCAAUGCUAGGAAAUUGCGUAGAAAUCGGGUUACCUAUGUUGCUUUUAGUUAUCGGGGUUUCGCAGUAUCUGAAGCAUACGAGACUACUGAAAGACCUUCCCAUUUUUGAGCGGUUUCCUUUGUUGAUAUGUAUAUCGAUUAUCUGGAUCUAUUCAAUCAUAUUAACGGCUAGUGGGGCGUAUCGGAAUAAACCCAAUGCAACUCAAAUGAGUUGUCGUACGGAUAGAGCAAAUCUCAUAUCCACUGCCCCAUGGUUCAAGUUUCCAUACCCGUUACAGUGGGGUCCACCUACGUUUUCGGCCGGUCAUGCGUUCGCGAUGAUGUCUUCGGUUCUUGUGUCAAUGGCUGAGUCCACCGGUGCGUACAUGGCUGCAUCUCGGCUCGCGAUUGCAACCCCACCACCUGCCUAUGUGCUUAGCCGAGGCAUCGGCUGGCAGGGAAUAGGUGUGCUUUUGGACGGUCUUUAUGGAACCGGAACUGGAUCUACGGUGUCGGUGGAAAACGUGGGUCUUCUUGGACUAACCCGAGUUGGGAGUCGCAGAGUUGUUCAGAUCUCUGCGGGUUUCAUGAUUUUCUUCUCCAUCUUAGGGAAAUUCGGAGCGGUAUUUGCAUCGAUACCCUUUCCCAUAUAUGCAGCAGUGUAUUGUGUUCUGUUUGGUCUUGUAGGUGCUGUUGGAUUAUCGUUUCUUCAGUUCACUAACAUGAAUUCUAUGAGAAACCUCAUCAUAAUCGGGCUUUCGAUUUUUCUCGGAAUUUCCAUACCUCAGUAUUUUAACCAAUAUGUGACCGUACAUCACGGGCUUGUUCGCACUAAUGCUGGUUGGUUUAAUGCGUUCUUGAAUAGCAUAUUCUCGUCACCACCGACGGUAGGGUUGAUGGUGGCGGUGUUUCUUGACAACACGUUAGACGUGGUGAACUCAAAGAAAGAUAGAGGGAUGCCGUGGUGGGUGAAGUUUAGAACGUUUAGAGGGGACAACAGGAACGAAGAAUUCUAUACGUUGCCGUUCAAUCUAAACAGGUUCUUCCCACCAACAUAACAAGGAGGAGGAGAAGAGACUAAAAAGUCUUCCAUUUUGCAGUUGGAAAUGUGUUAUUUUAAGAAGAAGAAUGGUUUGUUUUGUUGAAUUAGGGUUGAUUUUUGGGGGCAUAAGUUAAGAGGGAAGGGUUAUGAUGGUGAUUCAUGUAAUUUAAUUACCAUUUGAGAGCAUUAAUUAGGGUGUUUUGGGUAGGAGCAGGAGCAGUAGCAGGGUACAAAACAUUAAAAUGUAGAGCUUUUGAUCAU